UCGUUACCUUCACCUUGCAAUCAGACCAUCCCAGCAGUCUCUUCGUGGCCGGUUCUGAGCACAGACAGACAUCGCCAACUUCCGGUGUGACUCUCACAGGUGGCGUGGCAAAUUUUGCUCUUUCGCACGCUGAGCAGACGUUGUGACAUUUCGGGCUGUCAUAUGCGGCUGGAGUCACAUUUUUGGAUGGACAUCAUUUGGCACGUGGUCUGUGGUCUGAUGGAUCAUUCUGUCAGUCGGUCAUGAACACAGACAUGUUGCUGCUCGUCCUCUCAGUCUUUACACUGAUGCUACAGGCUCAUUCUCAAAGAUUAUCCGAUCAGUCCACGCUAACAGCAUCUCCAGCAUCAGUGUAUAAAGAAUCUAACACAGUUCAGCUCAAAACUGAUGGACCAACAGAUGCAGAGGAGACGCCACGAGAAACACCGUCCAGUCCGUCUCUCUUCACCACAGUCAUAACUUACAAUGAGAAGCCAAACAUUACAGUCUUCCAUCACUCUUCGCUUGGUGAAUUCAGAAUUACAUGUGAAAUACCAGGAUCUGAAAACACUGGUUGUUGUCUGUUCUUGGGAGACAGUGACCAACCGCUUUUAAAGACAGACUCGCAUAAAAGGUCUGGAAAAAUACUGUGUAGUUUUACAAUUCAAGAAUCAGAUUUAUUCAUUAAACUGCGUUCAGUUAAGAGUAAAUCAGUGAGCUGCAAUUAUUCUCCAAAAACGGACCCGUCCAGAAGUUCACCACACAGUGACAAAUACAACCUAACAGUGCAAACCCCCCGAGUCACCACGCACCAGCUGCCAAACACCGAGCCAAAAACAGAGGAAUCAACAAUUUAUUCAACAUCGACUUUCUCUACAAUCACAUCUACAACAGAGCCACAAACAUCCAUUCCUAGUUUUGGGAACACAACAGGCGGUGCUGACGAGACGACUCCAUCUUUAUUCUCCAUCCCUGUUUCCUGGAGCACAACACCAGUUUUCCAAACUUCAACUCCUGUUAAGACUGAGGGUUCUGGAAGAAAGAGUUGGUUUAUCAUGCUGCUGGCAAGCACCGGCGGAGGGAUUUUAUUAACCGGACUCACGGGAAUUUGUCUGUGCUGCUUCAACAGUGCCAAACACAAACCAAAGAAGAUGAGUCCUAUGGAAACUUCCAUGGCAUUCGCACAAAGACCACCAGAUGACACUGAAGAAUCUGAGGAACUUUCUGAGGAACAUGAGGAUAAAGUGUACCACGUGUACUGCACAAUCUCUGAUGUCUCCACAGAGCGUCAUGAAUUAUACAGUCUAGCACAGAUCCCAAAGCAACCCCUGCAAAAUUAAUUUCCUUUACAAGUGCUCUAUCAAAUGAUGUCAUCAUUUUUGUUUUAAUUUUAAAAAUACCCAAACUAACUGUACAUUGUCUGAUACUGCUGGUCUAAUAAUAAAAAGGCCCUUUGUGAAAACAUUUCUGUCUCAGCCUACCUACGUGUAUGAGCACAUGUGUGGAGCCAUGACCACCCGUUACAACAUCAGGACAAAGCAAAAGACUCAUUUCUGUGUCAAACACAAUAAGUGGUUUAGUUAUGCUUUGGUGAGGUUUGUACUGCACUGCACCGCAUGUUUCCACCAUGUUUCUUACUUCACUUUUUCACUUUUCUCUGUUCCUCAGGUUUGUCUGUGCGGUCACACGUUUAGUCACGUGCUUUAAUUUAACAGAGACUUGUAUUUGCACAUCUCUGUUAAAAACGUGAAGGUAUCAGACAUAUUAAAGAAAAACAAUAUUUGUUAUCAUUUUAUUAGAAGAUGGAAGAUAUAUUUGUUGUAGUCUGUCAAGCUCAUG